CUUCUCUACCAUCUGGCGCUCUUCCUAUGUGCCUUCCUGGCUGCCACCCGGCCUUCUGAGUUUUUUUUUUCUUCGAGGUACUCAGCAGAAGCCAAGCCAUCGCAACCAAGCCGGCGAAUUAGUCACAGGACGCCUGUUUGGAGAUAUAUAUAUUUGAGUUGAAUCAACGAUUCAAGUUGGGUGACAAAGGCUAUUGUUUUCUGCAGCCGCGCCACCUUACAUUACCCAUUAUUUCCUCCCCCAGUGGCACUCCAACUGCGACCCUGCUCGUCCCUACUUAGGCUGCUGUCAUAAUGGGAUCGACCACCACCGCCUCACAGCCCACUUCUUACCUCUCGCCAUCACCACCACCACCACCACCACCCUCAUCCACAUCUGUUCCGGAGCCCGCUUUCAUCGUCGCUCGUCCCCACACUGCAGCUACUUCCCGCACACCACUAACUUCCCACUAUCGUCCCUUUUCCACAUACUACCACCCCGGCAUAGAAGGGCCUCAUUAUCCUCUAAAACGACGCUGCUCGAGUGUCUUCGUCCCUUCAACCAGUGGUCUUUCGUCUUUCGGUAACAUGGUUUUCAAACACAAAGACAAGGAUUUAGACCAGCCACGUCCCAGCUCUCCAGUCACGCGUCCUCGCAAGGAUUCCGACCUCACGUCUCCAUCGCGUUUUAAGAUCCCCAAGACACUCAGGAGGAAGAGGUCCAUUGCCGUCUCGCUCGCCUCCGACAUUACGGUGACGCCCCACACCCCGACAAUCCAGUUGGCAACCAACGGCCCUCCGUCCUCAUUAUCGACCUCCCCAACCGAGGAAAAGUCGCCUAGGACCGGAUCAUUUCCAGCAGAGACCGUAGGGUCCGACGAUGACGACGACGGCGAGGAUUCCGCCAAACCGCCUAAAUACAGGAAGAAGAACACUUGGUCCAGAAACGACUAUGGCGUCAAACUUCAUCCUUACCCCAAAGAAGCACCAUAUAUGCGCGCGUUCGAUCCCAUCUAUCUUGACAUUGAUCGGUGGAACAACGAGUUAUUACAUCGUCUUCUGCCCAAGAAUUCCCCGAGUUUUCGUGAUUACGGCAGUACACCUCCCCGCUCUGUAAUUGACUUGGGUUGCGGGCCGGGCUUUUGGAUUCUGGACGCUGCGGCCGCAUGGAAGAAUACCAGUUUUGUUGGAUUUGACAUUGUGGACGUCCUCGAGCCAGGCGUCCAACAGACGGAGAAUGUACGAUUUGUCCGUGGGAACUUUAUUGCGUAUCCUCUCCCUUUCCCUGCCGGCUCCUUCGACUUGGUUAGAAUGGCCAACCUCACAUUAUGCAUCCCCUACGAGAAAUGGCAAUUCGUUCUGUCCGAAGCUUAUCGUGUUCUAGCGGUGGGCGGCCGUCUCGAGCUUAUAGACGAUCAGAUCUUCUUUCCUUACGGCGAAUCCCCGCCCCCGUUUCCUACGUCAAUUUCUGAACGUUUGUCAAGGAAACCUCAGCAAAGCUCAUUCAUUGACCUCGACGAUGAAGAUGAUGAAGAAUCGGGAGAGAGCAGCUUGGAGGAACAUAGUCCAAUCAGCAUGAGCUCAGAUUUAGGAUCCGACCCCGCCGAGACUCUUGUCGGAGACUACGACUCGCUGUCCUCCUCAUCAUCUCUGAAGGAGAACUCUUCCACUCGUCACGGCUCUUUGGAUCUCUCGCUUCGUGACUUUCUUCCAUCGAAGGACUCUUGUAUCCUGCAAGAGACGCUGGAGCCAUCUAGGUCUUGGACUACCUUGGCCACAGAAUCCCGUGAACUGGAAACGGUGUUCGAGAUAAUGCUGGCGGAACAAUAUGGCAUCCAUCCGCGUCCGUCGGAAUUCAUCCUUCAUCUGAUGAAAAACGUUUUCGGUCCGGGACACGCUGGCAAGAUGAAAAGUAUGCAUCUCAAGGUGGCGCCAGCGGAGCUCUCUGCAGAGAAGAAGAAGUCCAAUAUCAUAACUGGAGAAUUAUUCAAGAAACUGACACUUAAUAUCGAGUGGAAGGACAAGGAGAAGAAAAAGAAUCGGCCGCGACGAAAUACCUCAGGCAAUGACAGUGGAUCGGAAAGUCGAACAAGUAGCGACACCUGUGUGUCUUCCGCCUCAGACAGUGCACAGGAGACCAUCAGCGCUAAAGCCGCUAGUACACUGGGCCUGUCAAUCGCCGAGGUUAGCGCCGCUUCCAAAGAAGCCUCCGCGCGGCGACCCACCUUGACUUUGGACAUGCCGACUCCAAACCUCGACCAGACCGGACAACCUGGCGGAUUGCUCCUUUGGCCACGCAUUUUCCUUCCUUUCUCAUCUUCCGACUUGGAGAUGCAUUGCUGCAUAUAUAUGCACACCCUUCUUGGAUGCAAGGCUGCUUUGGCGGACUGGGUUGGGGGUUUUGUUGAUGAGGCGGGCGAGAGAGUCAUCAGUAAAUCUGAGUUUGAGGACUGCAUUUGGUCGUACGAAUGUUUUCGGCGUCAUCGCUUUAAUUGGCCCACCGGCCUCCCUAGCUCACAGUGUCCGUCUACCGACAGUGUUGAGCUUCCCCUUAAGUCCACGACGUCCGGCGAUCAGGACGUUAAUGACAAGACGUCGCAGUAUCCUUAUGGUCAAAACGAGCUGACCCAUGUUCGCACUAUCCGCGUCUUUGAGGGUAUCAAGUAUAACGCUCAAUGAAGGGAUUACCUCCCCUCUUCGUUCCCAUCAUGUCCUUUCUUCACCUUACAUUUGCAUCUUUGGUUGGAUUUUUGUCUGGGGUAAAGGCACACCUUCUUUAUCAUCACGUCGCUUUCAUCUGCUCUCACAUUUCUCCUAGUUAUCGUCAUGGCACUUAGAACGCUUUUCUGCAUUUUGGUUUACUGUACAAUGCUUCCCUACAACGCCAUAUGAGGCGACUAACACUCUUCUUUUCGAAGUUUAUCCCAUCUCCCCCGACAUAUCUCUCUUCCCUCACGUUUUCAUGGAUACUAUCAUUAUAUCGCCUCUCGCAUCGCAUCGCAUACAUGGCAUACUUGUUGUAUUUGUAAUAAGCUCUUAAUGUUGCAGUAAAUCAUCAAUGUGUAAACAUCGU